AUGUCGCCCGGCACCAUCGCCGCUGCAACUCUGGCAAUCUUCAUCUUCGCCCUCCUCGUCGCCUACUCGCUAUGGAUCUGGCGCCACCGAAGCGCCUCCGCCUACCAUGAGACUGCCGCCCUGGGGCAUCGGUACGAGGCGUACGCGGUACAAGGGGAUACCAAGCCGCCUCCUGUAGUAAUAGUUCAGAAGCCACCCGAGAUUGUGGUCGCCGACGCACAUACGUCAAUCCGUCGGAUAGAGACAGGCAUAAGAGCCCCGGCCCGACUGCCAAAGUUCGUGGAGGACCUGCCGGAAGUUCAGAAUCGGGAGGAGAUGGAGCGUAUCACGAGGCAAACGCAGGCUGGGCCCGCGUAG